AUUAAGUUCUUAACCCGAGGUACCACUGUAUUGCUUAAUUUUUCUGGUAGGGCUGUUUCCCAUACUAUCCCUUCUAAACGAAAGGAAACUGCUUGUGGUGUCUUUGAGGGAGGUUUCCUGGCCCUUUAAGCUUUCAUUCCAGAUGGGCACGCCCCCCCCUUCCCACUGUUGCUAUGUACAUCUCCUCCACCCUAGUGACAGCACAACCAUUCUGCCUCUGAAAGGGCCCUGGCGGCAUUCCCUUUCGACCUCGCCAUCCCUGAAUCUCCCGCUCUCAGCAAGAGAAAACCCCAGCAACACCAAUGGCGCCCAAGAAGAAAGGAGGAGGAGGAGGAGGGCGCAAGAAAGAAGAGGCUGCCAAGGAACCAGAGCUGGAUGAUGAUAUCGUACCUGAACACAGCCGGGAGUUUUACUUGAUUCAGAUCCGAGAUCUGGAGGGGCGACUAGCCCGGUACCAGAAGAAAUGGGACGAGAUGCAGGUGAGCGAGGAGAUCUUCCGCAAUGAAUACGAGAAGAUGCUCCAUGACAACAAGGAGAUUGUGUCCUUUCUGAAGAAGACGCUCAACCAGCGGGUGGAUGAGAUUGCAGAGUUGACGGAGCAGCUCCAGUUACUCCAGCAGGCCAAAGACACAGAGAAGGACGCCUUUGAGGCCCAGCUAGGCCAGCUGAGGCACGAGUUCCAGGAGACCAAGGAUCAGCUGACUUCUGAGAAUAUGAACCUCAGUGGCAAGCUGGCUGCCCUGGAGGAUUUUAGGAUCCACAAAGAUGAGAUCAUGUCGAAGUUUGCCGAACUCGAGGCACAACUGAAGAAGCAAGCAGAAGACCACAAGGAUUACAUCUAUAACCUGGAGAGGAAAGCUGUGAUUGAUAAAGAGAGGUUAAAGAAGGAGAUGAUGCACCGUGUGAAUACGGUGGCUGCUGAGUUCCGCAAGGUGGCCCACAGCCAGAUGGCAGAGACCACUAAGCGCACCAUCCGGGAGAAUGUCACCAUCAGCUUCCAGCUGACCAAGAUAACUGAGCAGAGCCUUCAGCUCCUCCAAGAGAACGAACGGCUCAAGGAGGCCCACUCAGAAGCUCUGAAGCAGCUGGAGCUGCUGGAGGAAAACGAGACAAAGAUGGCACAGAACAGCCUCAGCAACCAGAAGAUGAUCUGGAUGCUCACCAACAAGUGCAAGGAGCUGCAGGCGCAGGUGGAAGAGUACAUGCAGAUGAAGAAGGUCAUGACCCAAACACAGGAGACCAAUGAGGUGCUGGAGCAGCAGAACGUGGCGCUAAAAGAGGAGCUGACUCUGCAGAGGCAGGAGAUGCAACGGAAAAGCAGUGAAGAGGAAAGCCAAUCAAAGGCCCUUGAAGAGGAGCAUCAGCUGCGGCUGAAUGCUGAAAGAAUCCUCAGGCACACUGCCCAGGGCCUCAAGGAAGUGCUGCUGGAACGCCCAUCUGAUGAGGAUGAGGAUGGCCACUUUGACGUGAUGUUCCACUUAAGGCGCAAUGAUGUGCUGCAAGCCACCUUGAAUCUCCUGAACAGAAGCAUCGCACGCAUCGAGGCCAAUCAGCUUCUCCGGACUCUCUAUGUAGAGAGCAAGGUGUUCAAACCUACCAACUCAGAGGGCAGCAGCCUCUCUGCUAUCAAGCCUUCCCGCAUCAUGUCGCACAUGAAUGUUGCCAAUAUCUCAGGGACCCAUGCUGUCCACAGUAUGCCAUCUCUGCGCAACAUCUCCCAGGUCCGUGAGGAUACUGUCCGGCCGUACGCUAGUGCCACAGAGCCUUUAAUAGCAGCAUGGAGAACGGAGCUGAAAGAGGAAGGGACCAAACCACAAGAGAAAGCUGUCUGUAAGAAACUGGCUGCACAGCAACCAACUGAGGAAUAGUGAAUGGAGAAGAAGAAACCCUUUAUCCAGUAUUCUCAUUUUGCAUCAGCACCUAUCCCUCCAAGAGAUAAUGAUACUCGGGGUGGAAUUCUGAGGACUUUUAUAUCCCAAUAGGUCAGUGCAGAACUGCCUGAGGCAAGUUACAGAGCCACUGAGCUGUUGAGUCAGAAACGGAAACCAAACAAAGGAGGAGGCACAAGCGGCCCUCUAACCCAACCAUGUUCCGAGGCUGGGUGGAUUUCCUAGGGCAAGGCCACCACACUGCUCCCGCAUGACAACAGGUCUUUGCGAAGUGGGAUCCAGCUAGGAUAGGAGGCCUCCGGCCUUUCUGGUAGCUGAUAUAUGCUCCCACCUUCUUCUUCCUUUCUGAAUUAAAGUGGAAGACACACUUCAA